AUGGCGCCUGAACGUGUUCAGAAGAGGAAGAAGGUGGCCAUGGUUGGCUCCGGUAUGAUUGGUGGAACUAUGGGAUACCUGUGCGCUCUCAGAGAGUUGGCUGACGUCGUCCUCUACGAUGUUGUCAAAGGCAUGCCCGAGGGCAAGGCGUUGGAUCUCAGCCACGUGACGUCCGUCGUGGACACGAACGUGUCGGUCCGUGCGGAACACUCGUACGAAGCCGCCCUCACCGGUGCGGACUGCGUUAUUGUCACCGCCGGUCUGACCAAGGUUCCGGGCAAACCCGACUCGGAGUGGAGCCGCAACGACCUCCUGCCGUUCAACUCCAAGAUCAUCCGCGAGAUCGGCCAGAACAUCAAGAAGUACUGCCCAAAGACCUUCAUCAUUGUGGUGACGAACCCUCUGGACUGCAUGGUCAAAGUCAUGCUGGAGGCCUCCGGCGUCCCCACGAACAUGAUCUGCGGUAUGGCUUGCAUGCUCGACUCCGGCCGCUUCCGCCGCUACGUCGCUGACGCCCUGUCGGUCUCUCCUCGCGACGUCCAGGCCACAGUCAUCGGCACGCACGGCGACUGCAUGGUCCCCCUGGUUCGUUACAUCACGGUCAACGGCUACCCCAUCCAGAAGUUUAUUCAGGACGGUAUCGUGACAGAGCAGCAGCUCAAGGAAAUCGCCGAACACACCAAGGUGUCCGGAGGAGAAAUCGUGCGCUUCCUCGGCCAGGGUUCCGCGUACUACGCCCCGGCGGCUUCCGCUGUUGCCAUGGCGACUUCCUUCUUGAAUGACGAGAAGAGAGUCAUCCCGUGCAGUGUGUACUGCAAGGGUGAAUAUGGACUGAAGGACAUGUUCAUUGGUCUCCCCGCUGUCAUCGGAGGCGCCGGCAUUGAGAGAGUCAUCGAGCUCGAGUUGAAUGAAGAGGAGAAGGAACAGUUCCAGAAAUCGGUUGACGACGUCGUCGCCCUCAACAAGGCUGUCGCCGAACUCCAGGCGUAA